GGCGGCGGCGGUGACGGCGCUUAUAGAUAGACACGAGAGGUGGUCGGCUCUCUCUCUUUCUCGUUCGAACAAACGCGGAUUAAUGGAGUGCAUCUGGGCGUGAUAACGCGUAAUCCAAUGACCCGUUGACGUUCUCGCCGUAGCGGAAUUCCCAUCGGCUAUUAAGCCGAUCAAUAAACCGAUCCGAUAUGUAAAUACGCGCGUCAGAACGAGACGUGGCGCGCACGGGGCAUCGUGAUUGACCGCCGCCGAAUUGACCAAUCGGUCGCGUGACGCGACGACCAAUUAGCACUGCAAUUAUCGAUGACUGCGCGAGAUCUAUCGGUCGCGAAAUCGCGCUUGUAAACGCUCGUUUCGCGCGACACCUCGCCGAGUUAAUUCUAGUGUGCUCGCGCGCGCGCGCAAGAUAGAGGAAGAAGAGAGAGAGAGAGAGAGAGAGAGGGAACGAGAGUGAGUUAAUUUUACUCCGCGUGAUGAUCCUAUAAAACGAGAUAUCAGUCGGGCGCGAACGGAAAUCGCUCGAUGUCGAUUGGUCGAUGGUGACGACGGCGCGCGGGCUGCUAUUAAUAAAUCAGCGCAUGCGCAUCAUGUCGACCGCCGUGUGUAUCCGCCAUUCAUGCGAGUCGAUUUCGUUGUUUCUCUGUGUGUGCGGACACGAGCCAGGCAGCCAGCCAGCCAGGCACAGCCACAACGAGUGAGACAAACGGUACGUGGUGCAACGGUGAUAAAUUCACGCGCGAUUCAAGAAGAGUAUAAUGCGAGCGUAUUAGCUCUGCGAGUAUUGCACCGCGAAAGACCACGCAGUGGCGGCGACAACGACGACGACGACGACGACGACGGCGGCGGCGACGGUGGUCGACGACGACGGCAGCGGCGACAGCAACGGCCAGUUUGUCGGAGCACGCUCCCAGUUUUAGUACCUGAAACGACGAUGAUCCUUGGUCACGGUUCGCCGACGUAAGAGUGAAGCGAGUACCAUUUUUGAGGAUUGGUCAGAAUGUUGCUAAUCAAAUAAUAGAGCAAGGAACAAAUUAAUUAGCUGGUACAAUAAACAUUCGACGAGUAAUAUGGGGGCGUUUUUGGAUACUCCGAAGACAGAAAAGUGCAACGAGCAUGGCACUGGCAACGGUCUGCGGUACGGCGUUGCCAGCAUGCAGGGUUGGCGGAUGGAGAUGGAGGAUGCUCAUCGAGCCAUUCCCUGCUUGGAUGGUGGCCUCUCGGAUUGGAGUUACUUUGCGGUGUUUGAUGGUCACGCAGGUGCACUGGUAUCGGCGCAUAGUGCGGAACACUUACUAGAAUGUAUAAUGCAAACGCAGGAGUUUAAGGCCGAGGAUGUUAUCAAAGGGAUUCAUUCUGGAUUUUUGAGACUCGACGAUGAGAUGAGAGAUUUGCCCGAGAUGAGCGCUGGCACCGAUAAGUCUGGUUCUACAGCAGUGUGUGCAUUUAUAUCACCCAAAAAUAUUUAUAUCGCUAAUUGCGGCGACUCCCGGGCGGUACUUUGCAGAUCUGGACUUCCAGUUUUCUCUACGCGAGAUCACAAGCCUGUCUUACCCGCCGAGAAGGAGAGAAUUCAGAAUGCGGGCGGUAGCGUAAUGAUCCAAAGAGUUAACGGAUCUCUGGCGGUCUCCCGGGCAUUGGGCGACUACGAGUACAAAAAUCUGAAAGAUCGAGGCCCCUGUGAGCAGUUAGUGUCACCGGAACCAGAAAUAUUCGUGUUAGACAGGGACGAUGAACACGACGAGUUUCUAGUUUUAGCAUGUGAUGGCAUUUGGGAUGUAAUGAACAACGAAGAUUUAUGUAAUUUUAUACAUUCAAGGCUGCAGCUAACUGAUGAUUUAGAGGCAGUUACCAAUCUGGUUGUAGACACUUGUCUUUAUAAGGGUAGCAGAGAUAAUAUGAGUAUAGUCCUGGUAACGUUUCCGGCCGCACCAAAACCAAAUCCUGAAGCACAGAGGCAGGAGGACGAGUUGGAAAUGGCUAUUGCAAGGAAAAUUAAAGAAAUCAUCGCCCAAGAAGAGGAUAAGAGUGAAUUUGACUAUCUAAAAAUGCUUGAACUUCUUAGAGGAAGCGACCAAGAUUUUCCCUACCUGCCUCCUGGUGGUGGUCUUCACGCGAAGCAACCUUUCAUCGAGAAAAUGUUUCGAGAAAUGUGUCCCAGCAAAGCGAAUACUGUAAGUGUUGGAUACAUCCCUUUGACAUAACUAACCCUCGAUCGUUUUUUAAACUGCAUCAAAUGUACAAUUAUAUAAUAAUAAGACAUGUUCCAUAUUCAUAAAGAUGCAGAAUUUACCGUGGACACAUUUAUUUGAAUAGUAAUCCCUAAUGUAAGGAAAUCCUAUCGGUGUUAAAGAAAAAUUACGAUGUUGUAAAUUGGUGAGUCUUGACAGAAUUAAGUUUCGUAAGUCUCGUAAAAACAUAAUUAAUAGACUUCUAUAAAGUGACCCGCGAUUGGCACAACGUAAAUUAGUGCGUAAAUUAAAUAUUAUGCAGUAAAUUAAUUAAAUAUUACGUACUUUUGUAAGUGUUUCUAUCCAUUUAUCUAUACUAUUUGUUUAAAAACUCAAGCUACGCUAAAGUUUUUUUAUUCAUUGUAACUUUAGUAAUCGCAACAGCCAUUAAAACAUUCGGGAUUAUGUAUGUAUCUAUGGACUAUAUUUCUCUUGAAUGAUUACAAAAUCUAUUUUAGAAAUAUGGCUAAAACUUAAGUGCUGUAUCAAUAGUGAACAUACUUAACUAAGUUCCAUUAUUUUAUGCAAAUUGUUAAUUUGCAGAUUAAGCCAGUUAAUAAUUUUAAUGGAAUAAUAGUACAAGUAAAAUAUCAAUUACAAAGGGACUAAGGAUAAUUAUAAAUAUUUACUUUUAUUUUUAAUUUUAAUAUGCACUCCUAUUAUUUUGAACAAUAUUUUACUUAGAAUAUGAGAAAGCCGAACAAAAUAUUUUAUCUGUAGAUAAAAACAUUUUUAUGAUUGAUGGCAUAUUUCAGGAGAAAAUGUAAAACAGUUUGUAUUAUAUAGUUUACAAGUAAUCCUAAUUAAUCAUUGACUUUCUCAUUUAAUUAUUUUUUAUAAUUAUCAUUAUUGUUGGAUUUUAUAAAUUUCUUUUACAUUCAGGGAAUAAAAAAAUGUUUAUAUUACAGUUAUUAUAAGCAGAGGGUUAAACAGAUGUUACACUAAAAAUUAGAUGUACAAGAUGGAAUAAAAAUGGAAAACUAGAUAAUAUAAAAACUAAUCAAGGUGUAAGUUUUAAUAUAAUAUAAAUAUGUAAAAAAUGUAGAGAGCAUAAUAUGUUAUUAUAAUAUGCAUUUAUUUGGAGACAUUAAAAAAAAUAGUAUUCUUAAAUAUUUAAUGAUUGUGAAAUUUGCACAAUAGAUUAACUACUAUACAUUUUAUACCGCUUGCAUAGCUCUUUCACACGCGAACAGGAUUUAAAGGUUACCAUUAUCAAGAAUGUAUUUUCCUUAAAACUGUACAAAAAUUUCUGUAUUACAAUACAUACGUGAUACAUCAUGAAGCGAGAUUUUCAUGGAAUUUAAUAAGAAUUUAGUAGAAUAUUUCUGUCAUACCCUCUUGCCAUGUUGAUAAAAAGUGCAUAAUAUUGCGAUAUAUAAUUAUAUAUUUUUGUAGAUCUAGGAGAAAUUAGCGCUCAGAAUAUAUAUCUACAUCUCUAAUCAGUAUUUCCUACUCUUCAUUUAUAAUUAGUUCUCGAUGUUUAUGGAAUUAUCAGUCCAGUGUACUUCAUAGAAUACAGAAACUUUUUACAUGGGAAGAGUAGGAAAAAAACUGAUUGUUUAGUUUUAAAAUUAUCAGUCCUGUAUAUAUACACGCAGCAGAGUUGUCUGAGAAACAGUGUACUGAUAUUUUCUUCAAGUAAUUUUAAAGAUGUGAAAACUUAUUAAUAACACAUUUAGCAAGGAGGCCUUGAGUUUAGUUUCCUAUAAUGUUAUUUUAUAAAUUUUAUAUUUAACUUUAUAUUUGGCAAUCCAGUUAUAGUAGAUUAAACUAUUGUAUUUAUAAUGUAUUCGGAAAUACAGUAAAUAUGUUAUUGAAUUUGCAAUUCAAGUAUAUUGUAUACAAUUAACAAUGAUAGAGUUAAAUUAUUUAAUGAAAUCACUAAUGAAUAUAUAUAUAUAUUUAUAUAUAUAUAUAUAUAUAUAAAUACGUAAAUAUAAAAAAAAUCAGCUUUACAAAUAAUAUUAUGAAUAACGCAUAUCAAACAUUAAUCCAUUUAUCUUCAAUUUUUAUAAUCAUUUUCCAUACAUAUAAAAAAAUACAUCUUUUGUAACAAAAAUGGAAACUAUACAUCAAGGCUAUUCUUGUGCAUACACGAUAAAGUAUACAUGUACCAAAGUAUAUUACCGUUUCUGGUUAUAAAGAGGAAUGUCCUGAAACUAACAAAGUUAACAAUCUAUUACCCGUUUUUUUAAAAAUAAUAUAUUAAAAAUAAAAAUAUAUAAAUCUUAUACAGAGAAUGGAUUAACCCUCUAUUUUUACUAACGAUGUUUCAUUAAAUAGAAAUGUGAAGAUACUAAUAUAUUUCGCUGAUACUUCAAACUGUUUCUUUUAAAUCUAAUCAAUAGGACGCGAAAGGCUCGUGAGAUUUCGCGAUGAGUUUUUCCAAAUGGAGAAUACUUAGAUGCAUGAAGGUGGUAUAAUUAUAAUUAUCUUUGCUUAAUUUGAGCAAAACCUUCUAUUAUUAGGUAAGAAAUUGCGCAUCAUAGAUCAUUCAAACAGAAUGGCUUGUCAUGGAAAUUUCACGAAUUUUAGCGAUCUAUUAAUCUCUCUAAUAUCAUUUCUAAAUUUUAUUAAAAAGUACACGAGAUAUUAGAUUUUCGCAAAAUUGUGGAUUACUGAAUAAAUAUAUUGCAGAUAUACGUGAAGCUUUAUAAUUUUCAUGAGUGAUUGAAGUCUAGUUAGAAACAUUUAUAUAGGAUGUAUCUAGAUUACGAAUUUAUCAAAAUAGUUUGAUAGCUGAGUAUCUCCUUUUGCUGAACUUUCGUGCCUCAUCUAGUGACAAUGAUAUAACGCCCGUAUUAAUGGAAUGUGUUUUCAACUCGCGUUGCAAACAAUCUGUAGAACUGUACAGAUGUGCUUUUAAAUGAAAAAUUAAAUAUUUGAUGAAAUAAUGCAUAAUCUUAAUUUUGACAGUAAUUUACAAACAUUAUCGAUCAUUUACAUUGUCAAUGUAAGCCACUUAUUUCGUAGAAAUUGGAAUUAGAAUUUUAACAUGAGUUCUACUUUCUGUAAUAAAAUAAAUUUUUUUACAUACAUGUAGUCCUAUUCUGCGUAUUGAAUAUAAUGCAUUAUUGGGCCAAAUAUUUUAUGAAAUUUGAUUAUAUAAAAAAGCAAUAUUUUUCAAUAUCUUCUUUUUUCAAUAUUUCAAUAUUUGUGUGUAUGUAUUCUACAGAAUAGGACUAUUAAAACAAAAAAUUGUGUAAAAUAUAUAGUUUUAUGAAAAACAAAAAAUAGUUCUUUAUUAAUGUCACUGUUAUAUAGAAUUGUAUAUCAAUUAAGUUCAGUUGGCAUAAUCGUAGUGACGGGAUAACUGAUACUGCAUUUAUUUUGUUUUGUGAUCUUGUAAUUGUUUUAAUGUCAUUUACAAUAUUAAUUAUAGGACUAUAAAAAACUUAUCAUUAAUUUUAUCGUUGAGAAAUUGUUAUUGUAUACAUCCUAUUAUUACAAUCAUUUAAAAUCCUAAUUAUGUUUACACGAUUGAUUGUUUAACUUUUUAAAUUUUUGAAGAAAUUAGCAUCAAAUAAGCAACGCUUUUUCGCAAUAAUCACUUGUUACAUUAGUACUUCACGAAUGCUAGAUGAUUCAUGGCACUUAAGAGAGCCUCUCUUUUGUAAUAUCUAUACCAUGUUUUUUCUGAUGGAUCAAAUCAUUGUUAUACAAUCUUUUUCAGUAAAAAAUUACAUUAAACAAAUAUUUGUUUAAUUUUACUUUGCAAUUCUUCCUUAACGAAUUUGGAAAGAAUGAAUGUUGUGCACUUUGAUACUAAUUUAUUACAAAUUAUUCUUUACUCUUGUGUGAAGUCUUUUCAGCCUUUUCUUAUUCUUCUGUUGAGCCAGAGCACAAGUCUGCCAGGGACAUACAGAUCCCCACUGACCAAGCUUAGUAACAGCUGUUUUUUGAUACAUCACAGCUUCUACUCAAUCUUUUUUUCUAAUUUAAUUGUAAGAGAAAAUCAUAAAAGAAAUCAUGUGUAUCAUAUUGUUGUUUUCGACAUGGAAACUUUAGAAUUAACACAAGUUUUAUGCGGCGUUUAAGGUGUACAGGCAAAGUUAAGGAAACAGAAGUUAAGAUCUUACAAUAAGCGCCUGACGUAUACUGCAAAAUUUUGGCGUUUCAAAUGCGACAUAACGCUACUAUUUUAGAUAUAUUAUUAUUGUCGUGUGUAGAGUCGUCGACAUAAUUGUACAAUACCUGUCUAUGUUUAUUGUACAUAAUACGCAUAAUUAAAAUGAUUUGAUGGGAA